GUUCAGCGGCUACUCGCUGGUGAACGCCUUCCAGUGGAUCCAGUACAGCAUCCUGAGCAGCGCCUUCGCGCGCUUCUACGGCGCCUCCUUCGCCGACAUCGACUGGCUCUCCAUGGUCUACAUGGUGGCCUACGUGCCGCUCAUCCUGCCCGCCACGUGGCUGCUGGACGCGCGCGGGCUGCGCCUCACGGCGCUGCUGGGCGCCGGCCUCAACGCGCUGGGCGCGUGGCUCAAGUGCGCCAGCGUGGCGCCGGGCCGCUACGCGCUCACCAUGGCGGCGCAGGCCGUGUGCGCCCUCGCGCAGGUCUUCAUCCUGGGGCUGCCCUCGCGCGUCGCCGCCGUCUGGUUCGGGCCCGCCGAGGUGUCCACGGCCUGCGCCGUGGCCGUGCUCGGCAACCAGCUUGGCACCGCAAUUGGCUUUUUGUUGCCACCUGUCUUGGUUCCAAAUACACCUAAUGAUCUCGAUCUAAUGGCACAUAAUAUAAGCAUCAUGUUCUAUGGAACAGCAAUAGUAUCCACGCUCCUGUUCCUCUUAACAGGAGUUGUGUUUGAAGAAAAGCCCAAAUACCCUCCUAGUCAUUCCCAGGCAGUCCUUCGAACCCUGCCUCCUGAGGAGUACUCCUACAAGCAGUCGAUUAUUAACUUAUUCAGAAAUAUUCCAUUUGUCCUUUUGCUGAUUAGUUAUGGUAUUAUGACUGGGGCAUUUUAUUCUGUCUCGACUUUAUUAAAUCAGAUGAUAGUAACACAUUAUGAGGGAGAAGAAGUGAACGCUGGGAGAAUUGGCUUGACACUGGUGGUGGCAGGAAUGGUGGGUUCGAUUAUUUGUGGUUUGUGGCUGGAUUACACUAAAACAUACAAGCAAACCACUUUAAUUGUUUACGUUCUCUCUUUCAUUGGAAUGGUGGUGUUUACUUUCACGCUGGAUCUGGGAUACCUGAUAGUGGURUUUGUGACUGGAGGAGUGCUUGGGUUUUUCAUGACUGGCUAUCUCCCCCUCGGCUUUGAAUUUGCUGUGGAAAUUACGUACCCUGAGUCUGAAGGCACCUCGUCAGGGCUCCUCAACGCGUCAGCACAGAUAUUUGGAAUUAUCUUUACCCUUGUUCAAGGAAAGCUCACAACAAACUACAGUCCCCGUGCAGGAAACCUCUUCCUCUGUGCUUGGAUGUUUGUGGGCAUUAUCUUAACAGCCUUAAUAAAAUCAGAUUUGCGAAGACACAAUGUGAAUUCAGGGAUUACGAAUGUGGACGUUAAAGCUGUACCAGUUGACAGUCCUGUAGAACAUGAACCUUGUACUGCAUUAAAAGAUCAGUCUUCUUUGUGAGACUGAAAGAAGGUGACUUAAAAACGCACAAUUUUGGUCGAACACUGGACAAUACUAAUAAGUGUAAUCACUGGAUUUGUAUGUAUAUAAGUAUUAAAAAGUAUUUGGUAGAUACUGGUGAUAUUUGUGCAGUGGAAACUGUGAAGAUGUCUGGUUCAUUUUGCCCCAGAUGAACAAUUUACCUUUAUAUGGAAUGUUCAUCCAAGCMGUUUCCAAGUUCACUAGUAAAGUAGCUUCACUAGCACAGUACUGUGUGAAUGCUCACCUCUCCUGGGAAAAACAUACAUUCAGGAUGCACAUGGAAAAAUCUAGAAACCUGGAGUACAAUCCUAUCAGAAACACCUAUUUUUUAUUUCUUUUCCAAGAAAUCAAGAAUUAGUUAAUUAUUCAGGUUUUUCUUAGUGCAUUUGAAAGUCAGAGAGUAGGUAGCUGCACAACUGGAGGGUAUUAAUACUUCCGUGGUGGUUUUUUUUUAACUAUAUUUGGUGUAUACUAUCUGUUCAUUAUGAGAAACUUUGUCUAUAGCACAAUACUGAAAAUAAGAGAUGACUGCAAUCGUGAAUAUUUGAUACUGGCAUCUGAUAUUUCUUUUGCCUUGAAACUUCUUGAUAGAUACGAGAAGGCAUUUAAAAGAGGACACUUCCUUACAGGUUCAUCAUAACAUUUUGGGGGAAAUCUAAAAGAGUUUCCUGCUAGACAAACUGAAGAAGAGCUUCUUAUAAAAAGAAGGAGUCAGGCCUUUGAUAGCUCUGCUAUGAAGUGUUCAUAGGCAAGGGAAAGCUACCMUUCAGACUGCCUCUACGGAGUAUUUUGAGCUUUCUCAGUUUAAGUGAGAGGAGUACAUGUUUACAAAGAGAUGGUGCCUUUACUCUGUAAAGAUCCUUGCCUCAUCUUAGUUUAAUUAGUGCUGCUGAAGAAACUCCACAAAGUAUUGGUGGAGUAUCAGAAAAUGUGCUCGAUCACUCUURCAUUCAUUUUCCUCUGCAUUAUGAAUUGUAUUAUCUGUGUCUUGGGAAAUUUUUGUGAUCAUCGGGAAAUUUUUGUGCUCAUCAUGUAACUUAGAGGCGAACCAUGGCUKGUCUUUCACAGUUGGUCUAAACUGUAAAUAUGACUGAAAGAAACACUGUAAUGCUUUACUUCACCUGAUGAAAUAACUCCUUGUUAUACCAUGCCCCUUGGCCUCAAGCACCGUGGAUCUCCUUGAUGUUCGCCUUGUGUUGUGACAUAUGUCUGAAAUGAGCGUGUGGGUUUCUCCCAGCAGUGCUUUGAAAAUGCUCUGCUCUAUCUGCACAGACACAGGAUUGGUGGCAAUACAGGSGUGCUGAGGCCCCCUUAUUCUGAGAUGUCACACGUGAGUUUGCUGGCUUCCCGUGGAUGUUUCUCCACGGAAUAGAGGCGACAGUCCCGACAAAACUGGUGGUGUUGCCCUUUGGUAACCACGCGUGGCUUUUGCCUCUGGAGCAAUGGGAAUAAUGCAGUACCAAUUUACAUCCUCCUUCCUUAAUCACAGCUCCAGUAAAUCAGCUGCUGUGUUCCUGGCCCUGUGCAUUUCCACUCUUACAUGCCGUUAGCAAGAGCUUAGCUCUGCAGUUUUAGAAAAGUGUUUCCUGCAUCUCCCAUGGAAAGUGUAUUCAUUAUGCAUGCUGCAUCUCUAAAUGUUCAACUUCUAUGACCCCAUUCGAUGGUUUUUUUCUAGGAUCUAUGAUUUUUUUCCCUCCUGCUUAACCUUUCAUUUUUUGGUGUUGAGUUCCUUUCCCUGAUACUAGUUUCCACUUUCUUUGGAGUUUGUAAGAAGUUGACUCYUUCCUUCUGCUGUACAGAGCCCUUUUCAAUAACGAACUAUCCCUGCUGGCUCCUUGCGUUUAAUGUUUUGCCAAAUGACUUGAAAAAGAUGUAAACAAGGUUUUGGCAUUCUGGAAAGAGCCUGCUGGGCCCCUGAAAAGAAAAUAUUCUUAAGAAUGAAGCCUUAAUUACAUCCUGGAUUUAAUACCUCCCAAAAGGAGCUUGAAAGCUUGAAACCU